AUGAGGGCGAGUAGUAACACGCGACAAAGUGUGGUUCGCCCUGAUACCAAAAAUUCCUAUGAUGCAAACCCUAAUGAAGAACAGUUUAUUCUAACUGAUGGUGAUGAAUCUACUCUGGAUCCCCUAGCCGACCGCAUGACUGACGCUGAAUCCAUUCCCAGCACAGGCUACAUACUCAUCUUGACACUCAUGGAACUCUUAUUUCACUCUGGUUUCACCAUGCCAUGGACAGAAGAGCAAUUUGUUGCUGCUGGCAGUUCGGAUAUUAGUCGUGUUCAUUUUACUAUAUGGGAAGCCGGUAUUGGAUCACCAAUGGAUUUAGAACACACUACGCAAGAACAUAUUCAAUGCCGCACUGAGAUUAUGCGGCUUUUAUUGGUCUUGCUUUCGAAGCCAAUGUAUGUUCCGGCUCAUAUGUUGAGCACAACGCCCAUGCAAGCUCUUGACUUCGUCACUUGUGAAUUGGAACGCCCUGUGGUACUUUCAUUCUUGUGCAGUCUUCUUAACACAGUUGCAAAUUACCGGCAGGCUGAUGCGUGGAAGCUUUUCGGCACUGAUGUAACUCGGGAUACAUAUACGUCCUUGUGUCUUGAAAUGUUAUGUGCCUUGCUCUCACAUCGGCCAGAUUCGAAUGAAAAUCUUUUCGAGUUUUAUGCCAAGAAACUGUAUCGUGAAAGUGAUUUCUUGUUCCUAAUUAAUGGCUCUCGAAAAAUGUUCCGAUCGAGUAUGGCAGUGACCAAUGGUCCUUUUGAGAUGGGAAGCUCACGCGCUACGUUCAUCAAGCCUGCACAAGAGCACGUAUCUGAGAUGCUCGUAGUUUUCUGGGUGUUGCUUCGUUCAAACAAAAAGCUCCGCGAAGUUAUCACUCAAAGUCCAGGGAUUUCUUUUGACUUCUUGUCAUGGCUGUUAUAUGUGCCUCUUGCCAACAAAAGUAAUCCGGCAACGCUGGGUCAAGCUCAAUUGGCUAUUUUCUUGUUACAAGAUCUCUCGGUUCACAAAGACUUUGCCAAGUGUUUAUCAAAGCCAAACAGUGCGGAAAACAUAACCGUUCCUGUUCGGUUGCUUCGACGACAAGGAACGUUGGCGCUCGACGUCUUGAUUGAAAGCAUCUACUUGCUCAUCACCACUAGUUCGGGACAGCUUUCGAAUGUCUACCCUAGCUUAUUACUAAUUUUGUACAAUACUUCACCAUAUUGGCAAAGGAUGUCGGUGGCCUCUGCGUCUCGUCUUGAGCAGCUAUUACAUCACUUCGCAUCUUUUAGGUUUUUGCUCAGUGAUGCAAACCACCCUUACUUGCUUCGACUGCUUUUUGAUUCGUGUUCAAGGGCUAUUCAAUUUAAUGCUAAUUCAAAUGGUCAUUUGAUAUAUGUGCUUGUGCGAUCCGCGCACAUCAUCGAGAGGACUCGCACUUUUGAUUUAGAUUCAGCUCUUGUGACGAUUCAAUUCGCUCGCGACCACUACGGCAAUAAUUCAAUUUCGAAUACGAACGAAACGCCUGAGGCGGUAGAGAAACCGGGGCCCGUAGGUCUCCAACAUCAAGUCGAUUUGAAUCGGCCUUUACCACCAAUUUCGCCUGACAAGAGCCUUACCGAUGGGGAAAAAAUAGCCGAACGAGAACAUCUCAGCGAAAAUGCAGGUGAAGCAAAACAAAAUCGAGAGCACUCAACAGAGCAAGAAUUUGGCAGCAAAACAGAGAAACAUCCUCUUAAUGGAUCUGCUACACUACAAUGCGAGGCUAAUGAGUUGCAAGAUCUGGAUUCAUUCACAUUUGAAUCCGAACCGACUAAAGCUGAUUUGAAUUCAAUCAACAAUAACAAUUCGAAGAACAUGCGUGCUACUGAUAUAACUAAACCUGCGCUUUCUGAGAUGAAAGAUGUUGAUGCUCAGGCUUCUGACUGUUCGGAGUCUACCAUUUUGGAGCAAAAGUCAGAAGAAAUCUCGAAAGAAGAAAACCAACAGGAAGAGUCAUUAUUUUCGGAAGAGGAAAUAGGUUUAAAAACAAGGCAAGAAAACCCACCACCUGUUCCUCCCAAAGCAAAAGAAUCAUAUUCCCGUGAGCAGCUAGAUCAAAUUGCAUCCACCGUUGGAAAGCAUGGAUUUGUCCCAAAUCAAGAGUGGGUCAACACGUGGCUAUCAAAACUCUCCUUUGAUGUUCUUAAGCCUAUGCUUGAUUAUCUUGUCCCUCGAAUGAAUGAAUUUUGCGCUAGUCCGCCAGUGAUGAAUAGUGCUGCCGCACACGAGCAAGUGCUGGCAUUCCUUCGCGAUCAGCCGCUCUCGGAGGUAAUCCCGUCAGCCCCAGAGCCUCAGGCCUGCUCUUUUGAAUGGACAGACCAAAACUCCGUUUGGUUCCAAAGCUAUGUAUGGGGUUUGAUAUAUGCAGUAGGUGUUACUCCGUUCGCUAUAUGGUAUGAAACGCACACGCAUCUUUUUGAAAUCCAUGUCGAGCAGCCAGCAGAAUCAGCUGUGAGCAAAGCGGUUCAUGCCUUUUCUUUAUUAACCUCCAGUCUUUUAUCACAGACCCCGUUUUCCUGGAGCCAAAGUUCUUCGUCUCCUGACUCGGCUGAAUCUUCUAGAGACAAAUCAUCCCCUUAG